AAAUCAACAACGAGAGGAGAUUGGCUGGCGCUGAGAACGAGUUGUUGUUUCGUUUGUCCCGUUUCUUUGGGAAAAACUUAAUUAUUUUGAGCAGCGAUUGAGAGUUGGGUCAAGAAAAAAGGUAACAAUUUCGUGGGUUAGAAAAGGCUUAAAAAUUGAGGGCAGGAUGCCUGUGGUGCUUGAGCGGCCAAAGAUGAGUCGCCCAAUGUGGGACGCACUCAAGUGCCACAUAAUGCGGGAGAGACAGCGCAAGAAACAAGAGCUCGAAGCUGACGCCGAGAUGGAUCGACAACGAAAAGAGCGUGAACGUCAACAGAAGCAGCAUGUCCUUACCCUGAGCGAAACUCGGGAACAGAUAACACAGUCUGAAGCCAGGUUAGCUGAACUGAAAGAAGAGAAACAUCAACUUUUUCUCCAACUAAAAAAGGUGCUCAACGAGGAUGAAAUACGGAAACGUCAACUCUACACUCAAGAAGCUCAGGAGAUGAUGAGAUUUCAGUUUAACUAUCCAAAUAAUCCUCCAAGGAUACAACUUAUGCCUCCAGAACAGCAACAACAACCACCUCCUCAUCACCAUCCCUCUCAACAACAGCAGCAAGCACAAACUUAUUUACAACCGAUUCAGCUGACCAGAGCCCCAGUUUCAAUCACUCAGCCCCAGGCCCAAGUUUUUAAAGUGGGACACCCUCAGCAGCAGCAGCAACAACAACCUCCUGGACCAGGUGGUGGAGGUGUAUCGCAUCAUAAUACUUCCCCGCAUGCCCAGAUGCCCAUCACGAUCAAACGAUCGAGGAGCCCGUCACCACCCCCUCACCCCUACAAGUUUGGCCCUUUUAAACCACCACCGCAAGCGAUUCCACAAUACGCCCAUCAAACGUUACCAACGCAAACCCGACUUUUCCAUCCAGAGCCGAACAUUUAUUUUCAUCCACCAAGUCAAAUUUCGCAACAGCAACCAAAUUCUAACAAUCAACCACCCCCAUCCCAGCAGCAACAACAGCAACAGCAACACUCUCAACACGGGCCUGUGUCUUUCUCUUCUGUUCCUCAUCCCUCGGCAGGACCACCCCCACAAUCAACACUUUACACUUACUCCAGUGCACCCCCAUCCAGAUCUCCGCAACAGCCAUCAAGGGAUGAAUCACAGCAGCAACAACAACAACAACAAAGACAUGUCCCUGGACCAAUGUUUAUUCAUCAUGGUGCCCCUGUACCCAGAGGCUAUGUGCUUCAUCAAGCUGUUGAACAACAUUCGCGCUCCUCGCCGCAUAAUAAAUUUCCAGAAGAUGGUCCGAAAUAUUACCCUCCACCCACGCAUGGCCUUGCACUACGUGCUCCACCAUCCCAUCUUAUCCACCCAGGCCUCACGAUUCAACCCAACCAAGGUAAUAUUUUGGUGCAGAAUGUCCCCAGUGGAAGCAUAACUUCCGGCUUUCCAAUUCGUACCCAACCGAAUGUGUCAACCUACCAAGGAAGACCGCCUUCUCCUCAGGUUGCAGGUUCAUAUAGUGUGCCAGGUGGCCCUUCUAGGCACACGUAUGGUCACCCACACGGACAGAUCCCACAACAUCCCAUCCAAAGAUAUUCACUACCUCCAGGUGUCCAACGGGACUAAAUAAAUGACUAUAAAACAUAAUUAUUAAUUUUUUUUAGAUAGUUUUUGUGUAGUUUAAUGGAAAAUAAUUACAAGUUUUUAAUCAAUGUUAUUUAUAAAUCAUGGGUGAGUUAAAGUAUCCUCAACGAUUUUAACGCUACACUACGCAAAUGUUUUAUUACCCCCGUUUUUACUUGAUUAAUUAAAAUACGAUAAUAGGUGAUUAGUUAGACUAUGAUAAGGAUGGAAACUGGACAGAAAAUCUUGAUCACGGACGAACUAGAAUUUGGUCCGUCCGUAUGUAUUUGAUAAUGCAUGCAUAGAUGAGAUGACGGCGUGAAUGACGGUGAAUUAAAGGACGAUUAAAUGACGAUGAAUUAAAUACAUAAUCUAAUUAAGAUGAUAAGUGACAACGACGAAAACAAGGACCGACUCUAGACAUAAAUAGAUAUUUGACGAGUGAUAGUUUUGAAUAUUUUGAUGAAUUUUAUGAAAUAUAUUUAUAAGAGGAUAAUUUGGUAUAAAAUGUCGUCAAUAUAAAUAUUUUAUUUAUACUAAACUAAACCAAUAAAGCUUGCUAAACCUUGAUGAAUAA